AUGUUUGGUUGCGCGGCUCUGAUCACUCUCCUCCUCGAGGCGUCGGCCGCUGUGGCCUUCCCGGAUAUGGCGAACAGGUUAGCCAAGAGCCAUUUGCAAGAACGCAUUGCUCCUGUGGUUCCCUUCCCAGAAUUCCCAGGAGCUCCCACCCACGCGCUGUACAACAAGUUCGACGCAAAGGCCCAACUGGUCUCCACCAGCGGCGAGCACGCAUUCAUCGCCCCAGGCCCAGGUGACAUCCGCGGUCCCUGCUCCGGCUUGAACGCGGCUGCAAACCAUGGCUACAUCCCCCGCGACGGUAUCGCUACAGCCAGGACUAUCAACACGGGUCUCUGGGAAGCCUUCGGCCUCGACCAGACAGCCACCCUCUUCCUACAGACAGCAACCAUGUUCUUCGACGGCGACCCCCUAUCCGGACGAUGGUCGAUCGGCUACCACUCCGAGAAGACGCAAAGCUUGGGCGCCCUCGGCGACUUCCUGGGAAACGAGACGGGCAUCUGCGCCUACGGUCACUUGAAGACCGAAGGCGAUGCGUCCAUCACCCGCGGCGACUGGCUCGCGCCAACCCAGAACUCGAACUGCGCCUCGUACCCCGAGUUCGCGCAGGAGCUCCUCGAUCUCGCCACGGAGAUGACGGGAGGCAACAUCACUCCUCAGGUGCUGGCCCGGCACCAGUACAACCGCAAGCAGCACUCCAUCGCCACGAACCCGUACUACUUCUCCCCGGCCUACGCGGGCGCCAUAUUCACUUUCGGCGCCCACAUGUUCGCGUACGAGCUGCUGGCCAACCACUCUGCCGAGGAGCCGCGCGGCUUCCUGACACCCGAGGUCUUCGAGACCUUCUUCUCGUACACGCGCGACGCCAACAAGCAGCUCGUGUACACCUACGGCCACGAGCGCAUCCCCGAGAACUGGUACCGCCGCGCCCACGACGACGCGUGGACCCUCACCGACAUCCUGAUCUCGACGGGCCAGCAGUGCCUCGCGUACCCCUCCAACUGCGCCGUCGGCGGCAACACCGGCACCGUCAACUCCUUCGCCGGCGUCGAUCUCGGCGACAUCUCCGGCGGGCUCGUCAACUCCGUCACCGACCUCUCGAACCCGGAGAGGCUCGGCUGCUUCAUCAGCCAGGUCAUCCAGGCCGACGUGCCCAGCUUCCUGGACAACGUGUUUAACGGCGCGGCGCUGACCCGGGUGUUGGCCCUGAUCCCGACCGUGCUCUUGCCUGCCCUGGCGCCGCUGGGUAACUGCCCGGGCUUGCCGAAGGGGAAGAACAUGUUCCAGUAUGGAACGAUGUUCCCCGGUGCGCAGAUGAAGCGGCAGGGAACGCGAAAUCCGUACUAG